CUCAGAUCAGCAACUAGCAGCCUAUAGGAGAUACACACUCACUUGUCUCUCAGAGCACCACGCAUCAUGCUUCCUCCUCUCCUCCUUUCCUCUCUCUCCUUUUCCCUAGCUUUUCUUUCAGAUUCUUCAGGUUCUGAUAUGUGUCCGUUGGGUCAGUUUCCAUGUGGGAAUCUGUCAGUGUGUUUGCCUCAACCACAGCACUGCAACGGGCAGCAGGACUGUCCUAAUGGAGCAGACGAAGAGAACUGCGUGGAUAACAGUGGUUGGCCCCAUCUGUUUGAUGCCUUCAUGAAAACAAGGGUCCAGGAAUCCAAAGAGUGCAUGUUGGAUGUCUAUCCAGAUGUGUGUCAUUGUGAGGGUCGGAAGGUGAACUGUAAUGGCAAAAACCUCCUCCAAGUACCUGUUGUAUCCUCUAAUGUAACUGCACUAGAGCUGAACAGUAACAGGAUCGAAUCUCUCUCUCGUGAUCUGUUCAUCCGCUAUAGACAUCUGGAGAGACUACAUUUGGAAAGUAACAGUAUAGAAAUGAUCUCCAAGAGGGCAUUUUCAGGACUGAUCUCUUUGCGUAAACUUUUUUUGAGUCAGAAUAAAAUCACGUCUCUGAAAGCAGGAAUAUUUAAUGACCUCAGCAGUCUGGAGUGGCUGAUUCUGGAUGAAAACAGAAUAUCGUCUCUGCGUCAGAAGUCUUUUGAAGGCCUGAAAUCUUUAUUUUUUCUGUCUUUAUUAAAUAACACUGUCGAACAGUUUCCUAAAACUUCGAUUUGUCUUGAGAUGCCCCGUCUCAACUGGCUGGAAACGGAGGGGAAUAGAAUUUCAUCUCUCUGGGCAUCUAGUUUUAAGAACUGCUCCUCUCUUACAGUCUUAGCAUUAAGGAGAAAUCGCAUUAGCACCAUUGAGGAGGGAACAUUUGCAGAUAUGCAAAGAUUGAUAGACCUAGAUGUGUCUAUGAACCAGAUUAAAGACCUGCCUCCAUCUCUGUUCCAGAACCUCAAGAACCUCAAACAGCUAAAUAUUUCCAACAAUCCCUUGGCGCAUAUAUACGACAAUCAGUUUGACAGUUUGGUGAAUCUGCAGUCACUGAGUAUGGAAGAGGUAGAGAUUCCCAACAUCAGCAUCAGGAUGUUCCGGCCCCUAGCUAACCUCACUCACAUCUAUUUUAAGCGCUUUGAGUUCUGUGGAUAUUCUCCCAAUGUGCGGAGCUGCAAACCAAACACAGACGGAAUCUCAUCCUUUGAGAAUCUGCUGGCAAACAUCAUUCUGCGCGUGUUUGUCUGGGUCGUCGCCUUCAUCAUUUGCUUCGGAAACAUCUUCGUCAUCUGUCUGCGGUCCUGUAUCGCUUCAGAGAAUCAACAUCACACCAUGGCCAUCAAAUCCCUUUGCUGUGCAGACUGUCUCAUGGGUGUGUAUCUGCUUUUCAUCGGUGCCUUUGACAUCAAGUAUUGCGGCGAGUACAACCGUCAUGCUCAGAUAUGGAUGGAGAGCCUGUCCUGCCAGUUGAUUGGCUCUCUGGCCAUGUUGUCCACAGAGGUCUCCGUCAUGAUGUUGACCUACAUGACACUAGAGAAGUACCUAUGCAUCGUCUUCCCAUUCCAUCAUUACCGUGCCGGACGAAAGCAGACCCUCUGCUCACUGACCUUAAUCUGGCUGCUUGGCUUUAUCAUUGCCGUUAUUCCCUUCUGGGAUAAACAGACAUUUGGAAAUUUUUAUGGGCGGAACGGAGUAUGUUUCCCUCUUCACUCAGACCAGACAGAGAAACCUGGUGCCAGAUGUUACUCUACAGCCAUUUUUCUCGGUCUAAAUCUGCUGGCUUUCGUGAUCAUUGUAUUCUCCUACUCCAGUAUGUUUUACUCUGUCCAGAAGACAGCGAAGACAGCGCGUCAAACAGUAUUCGAUCGAGAAGUCACUAUUGCAAAGCGAUUCUUCUUCAUUGUGUUCACUGAUGCCAUGUGCUGGAUCCCCAUCUUCCUCUUGAAGAUACUCUCACUACUAAGAGUACAGAUUGCAGGCACCAUCAUUCUGUGGGUGGUGAUAUUUAUCCUUCCCAUAAACAGCGCCCUGAACCCCAUCCUGUACACUAUCACAACCAGUGCCUUUCAGCAGAGACUCAAACAGUGUUUGAAAUAUCGCUGCCAGCAGACAAACUGACACAAUCACACACAUACACAUAACACUAUGCACAUGCUCUGAGUUUAAUAUUCCAUGUGGAAUAAAAAGUUAAUAGAUGACAGGAUAAUGACAAAACACACACAAGAUGCUCUCAUACUCAGCACAAGCUAAUAAGGCUUAUAAGGGCCUGUAGGGUUGAAGAAAUGAGAGCACACACAGUAACAUUAAGCAGCAGACCAUCAGAAAUAAUUGACCCUGGAGCACAAAAUCUUAAGUCGCUGGGGUAUAUUUGUAGCAAUAGACAAAAACACACUGUAUGGGUCAAAAUUAUA